AUGUACCGACGACAGAAAUAUGACCAAUUCGAACGGAAUCCUCGGUGGCGCCGACCAGAACCUGCGCCGACAUCGCCGGCGCCACCAUUCGGACCACUUGUAGAGACAGUCAGCGUGGCAUCCUUAUCGAAAUCGGCCUUGAAGUUUGAAUCAUCCGCUCAAGUGACCGACUGCCAGGUUAUCGCGUCGUACAACUGGCUGGACAGAACAGCGCCUUCAAUCCUCGUCCCAGAAGACGAUGGUAUCUACUAUCGUGAUAAGAACGCUGCUCGAUUCCCCGCUCAUCCGAUGGAGCCCGCCAUCCAAGCUGUUCUAAGUGCCCGUCCAGUGCCUUUGACCAGACAGGUUGACAUCGUCGCCUGCGGAAGCACCAUUGGGAACUUGCUUCGAUUCAUUCGGGGCAACGAAAAACCCUUUCGGAUGCUCGUGGAAGUGGUCGGCGAUGCUGUCCACUUGAUUCGAAGGGAGAACUCGCCAAAGGAGACGCUUUCCGAUGUCAGGGGUUACGGACACACUUUCCCAGAGGCAUACACGACCUGGGACGCUGAGGUCCGCGGCUCGGCAUCCCACCAGCGGAUCAUUCAAUAUGACUUUGGGGGCCUCAAUUGCAUUGUUCGUCACGAGGGCGAUGGAUAUCUCAAGCACAAGCAGGGUUCGUCUGCGAACAAGCCUCGUCGUGCCAUGACCGAGAAGGAUUCUGUUGAUGACCUGAUUGAAAAUCUCAAAGUCAAUGAGACGACACCAAAGGUCUCCCAGGACCCGAUUCAUUUACAACUGAAUACUGGCGGGUUUGAGGUGCCCCAGUCAGCAGUGUUUGAUCUCAAGACCCGGUCAGCCAAGCGGAAGGGCACCGAUUUCCUUGGCGAGGAGCUUCCUCGUCUAUGGGUUGCCCAAAUUCCCAACUUUGUCCUUGCUUACCAUCAGAGGGGCAUGUUUACCGAAAUUGAGGUCAUGGACGUAGCGAAGGAGGUGAAGGCCUGGGAGAAGUCCAAGAAUCAGGAGCUCUCUCGGUUAGCGGCGCUUCUGCAUCACAUCGUCCAGCUUGCACGCAUGAGUCAAGAUGGACGACUCGAGAUUGGUCGUCGAGAGUUUGACAAGCUUGACAUUCGGAAGCAGUGCCCUGGACUGGCCCCGGCGUUCUCUCGUGAAGUGAUUGACAGGUGGAAGGCCUGGCUCACCAAGGAUGUGCAGGAUGGCCCGAGUCCGGAUGAUGAGGAUGAACUCCAAUGGAGCGAUAGUGACGGCGACGACUAUACAGCGUGUUCCCAAGAGUGUUCGUACUGUGGAAAGUCGAAGAUUUGA